UUCCUCCCUUCCUCCUAGCGUUUCUUUGAAUUUUACCCUCCUCCUCCUCCUCCUCCUCCUUCUUCUUGUUGUUUUCGUCCCGGUCGAAUUAUGGCCGACGCCGGUGCGGGAUCGGCCAGAAGGAUGUGGUGCUCGGUGCCGGAGCGGCUCCAGCUGCACAUGGCCAUGCUGGCCUUGCAGUUUGGCUACGCCGGGUUCCAUGUGGUCUCGAGGGCCGCCCUCAACAUGGGCAUCAGCAAGAUAGUGUUCAUCGUCUACCGGAACGUCAUCGCCUUCCUCUUGCUCGCCCCCUUCGCUUACUUUCUCGAGAAGAAAGAGAGGCCGGCGAUCACUCUGAACUUCCUCGUUCAGUUCUUUCUUCUAGCGCUCGUUGGGAUCACAGCGAACCAAGGAUUCUACUUGUUGGGACUUGACAACACUUCGCCGACAUUCGCAUCCGCGAUUCAGAACUCAGUCCCCGCCAUUACUUUUCUGAUGGCCGCCGUACUCAGGAUAGAGAAGGUGCGGUUGGACCGGAAGGACGGCAUCGCCAAGGUCCUGGGGACCGCGUUCUGCGUCGCGGGGGCCUCGGUGAUCACGCUGUACAAGGGGCCCACCAUAUACAGCCCGGCGCCGCCGCUUCAUGCGGCAGCGGGUCCAGUGUGGCGGCCGACGCUGGCGCUCGGGGACGCGGAGGGCAAGAACUGGACGCUGGGGUGCGUGUACCUGAUCGGCCACUGCCUGUCGUGGUCCGGGUGGCUGGUGCUGCAAGCGCCGGUGCUGAAGAAGUACCCGGCCCGCCUCUCCGUCACGUCCUACACCUGCUUCUUCGGCCUCCUCCAGUUCCUCGUCAUCUCGGCCUUCAUCGAGCGGAACGCCAGCGCUUGGCUCGUCCACACCGGGGCCGAGGUCUUCAGCAUCUUCUAUGCGGGAGUGGUCGCGUCGGGGAUCGCAUUCGCCGUGCAGAUAUGGUGCAUCGACAGAGGCGGCCCGGUGUUCGUGGCCGUGUACCAGCCCGUCCAGACCCUCGUCGUCGCCAUCAUGGCCUCCAUUGCCCUCGGCGAGCAGUUCUACUUGGGCGGGAUCAUAGGAGCGGUCCUGAUCAUAGCCGGGCUCUACUUGGUCCUAUGGGGGAAGAACGAGGAGCGCAAGUUCACCCUGGAGAAGGCCGCGAUCCAGUCCGCCCCAGAGCACGGCAACACCCGCCUGCCCGCCCACAUCAAGGCGCCGUCAUCCCUCGCUCAGCCCCUCCUCCCGCCGUCCACCGAGAACGUCUGACCGCCGUGGCGCUGACCCCUUUGACCAACCACAGGAGCUAAUAAAGCUUGUUGUGCUUGUGCUGUGUAAUGUAUUGGAGUCGCUUGUCCCUUUUUUUCUUUAAUUUUUCUUCUGUAUUUUUUUUAUUUUAUAUUUUCAUCUUUUGUUACCUUUGGGUUGCUAGUAGGAAGCGCAAAAAAAGCAGACAUAUUGGUACCCGAAUGUGGGGGUACCAAAAGGACUGAUUUUAAUGUUGCAUAAGGUUUUAUGUCUUGGUUCAUGGUCUUGGUCAAUCAACUAAAGAAAGUUGCACCUUAUUAUGGAA